AUGGAUGAAGGCAAUGCUUCUACUGAGGAUUUUUCAUUUAUAUACCAGCAAGCCUUCCUUGUACGACUGGAUGGGGAGAUUGUAACACAAGUAGUUAUGGUGCUGUCCACGUCCCUGUUCUUCGUCUAUGUGAACAGCGUCAUGUUCUUCACUUUGAGGAGCAAGCCCAUCUUCAGGGAGACGUCCCGCUACAUCCUCUUUGCUAACAUAGUCCUCAGUGAUUCCAUCCUUCUGUUGAGCAACACAGUGCUGUACUUAUUUGCUCUGGCAUAUCUCUAUGUGUUCAAGGCUAUCUGUGCUCUGGUGAUGCUAUUCUGUAUCGCCACAUACACCUUCAGCCCCUUGAACCUGGCAGUGAUGUCACUGGAACGUUACGUGGCCAUCUGCUACCCUUUGCGUCAUGCAGAGAUCACCACACAGAAAAGGACAAACAUCGCUGUCGGGGUAGUCUGGUUUCUCGCCUCUCUCAAUAUUGUCAUUGAGAUGUUUUAUAUAACUGUGACAAAGCCUCAUUCUUUCAACACACCCACAUUUUGCACACGGGAGAGGCUGUUCAUUGACAAGUGGCAACUUGACUUGUAUCAUGGACUCAAUAGCUUUUAUUUUGUGGCUGUGGCUGUAAUCAUUAUCUUCACAUAUGUUGCCAUUAUGAUAGCAGCCAGGUCCAUCUCCACAGACAAGGAUUCAGCUAAGAAGGCCCGCAAGACUGUACUGCUCCAUUUGAUUCAGCUGGGACUGUGUCUCACCUCUUUUCUGUACGGCAUCCUUGAACGUAUCGUGGCCACACUUCCUUUUGCCCUGUUCUUACAUUUGCGUGUCCUGCUUUUUUUUCUCCUGCUCAUCCUCCCCCGAUGCCUGAGUCCCCUGAUUUACGGCCUGAGGGAUGAUACUUUCCGGCCCCUCUUCCUCAACUACUUCAGAUGUAGGCCUGGUAGCAUCAAGCCAGUUGUGAUUUCACACGAAAAAUAA